GAAAGCAGCCAAACAUGAGCUGAACAUCGCAGAUCCCGUGAAGGCGAGGCUGAGGCUUCGCACGGAUUAGAGUCAAUGGCAGAUUACACCGUGCCUUUUGGAAGAGAUGCAGAUUUAUGGAUUUCGGCAGGUUUCCAAAGUCACUCAUCAUUAUCCAACGAACGGCAUAUAUUACCCAGACCAACGGAUUGAGGAACACGAAGAAUGGGAUUGAGGAUAACGACUCCGUGGGGGUUUAAGUGUUUCGACAAAAUAUUAUGCAAUUAGUUAAUAUUACAGAUGCAAUCAUCCUACCACUCAAACUAUAUGAACUCAUUUAGGCGGGAUCAUUCCACUUUUUCCAAGAAAAUGGCUGAAAUCAAUUUAUUCCAAAGUUACCCAACAAUUGUUCAAUUGGAAACGAUGCGAAUUGUGCACAGGUAAUUUAUUGGAGGAACAUUUACCUGGUUUUCUGUCGUAUUGGGUUGUUGACAGAGGCAGAGUCCGUUUCCACGGGGAGACACCGCAGUCCAGGCGCAGCACAGAAGAAAAACAUGCAGUCCCUUGACCCAUGGAGAUAUGGCAUAUAAGUUGAUCUCAAACCGAAUCGUGCCAUCUUCAAAUAGGUUGAGCAAACGAUUUAUUUUUAUAUUCACCAUUUCAUUGUCCUUCACAUAUUUAUGCUACAGCAUACUGUUUUGUUGUGGUACAAUCAUGCCAACCCAGAAUUAUGAGGAAAAAAGGUGCCUCCAUCACAAGAACGUAGGAAGCAAAAAACUUCUGCAAAAAGAUUGCACCGCGGACAGGAGGACUGCUCUGGAUGAGACUUUAAACGUGGCACUCACUCACCAAGGAUCAAGUCAUGCUCGCAACCAAAGUAGAAAUUCCGCCUUGCCCAUCACUCACAAACGGAGUAUUGCCCCAUCCGAAUAUAAUAUUACUGUUGCACAGAAAUAUGGAAACAAAAAGUUACCUAACGCACUAAUCGUCGGGGUGAAGAAGGGCGGCACCAGGGCGGUGCUGGAGUUCAUUCGAAUUCAUCCAGAUGUGCGCGCGCUUGGAACAGAGCCCCACUUUUUCGAUAGAAACUAUGACAGAGGAUUGGACUGGUACAGAGGACUAAUGCCACGGACGCUAGACAGCCAAAUCACCUUGGAGAAAACCCCCAGCUACUUUGUGACACGAGAGGCUCCCAGACGCAUCGCCAGUAUGUCCCCAAACACUAAGCUGAUUGUGGUGGUGCGUAACCCAGUCACCAGGGCCAUCUCAGACUACACACAGACCCUGUCCAAGAAGCCGGACAUCCCCACCUUCGAGGAGCUGGCCUUCCAGAACCGGAGCCAGGGUCUGGUAGACACCUCAUGGAACGCUAUCCGCAUAGGGAUGUACAUCCUCCACCUAGAGAACUGGCUGCAGUACUUUCGCCUCUCCCAGAUCCACUUUGUGAGCGGCGAGCGGCUGAUCACGGACCCGGCGGGGGAGCUGGGCCGCGUCCAGGACUUCUUGGGUCUCAAACGCAUCAUCACAGACAAGCACUUCUACUUUAACCGAACCAAAGGCUUCCCUUGCCUGAAGAAGCCAGAGAGCAGCAGCCAGCCCCGCUGCCUGGGCAAGUCCAAGGGCAGAACUCACGUGCAGAUCGACCGGGAGGUCAUUGAGCAGCUACGGGACUUUUAUAGGCCUUUUAAUAUCAAAUUCUAUGAGAUGGUGGGGCAAGACUUUAGGUGGGAUUGAGAAUCUGAUUUUUUUUAAAGCAGGUGAUAUGUGUUUAUUGAAGUGAAUACGUCAUUGGAGUCAUUCGAAUGAGGACACCUUAAAGUGAAUCCAAUUUCUCUUCAUGUUUGAAUAUACAGUGCGAGUUUAACAAGGUGUACGUAAUCUGCCUUUAACUUUAAAACCUUUGAUAUAACUUCCUACUUUAACAUCAUGCUGGUUGUGUUAACCAAAUAAGAUAGAAACAUAUUCUGCCAUGCCAUAUAUUCUCACAAUUAGCAUUUGUCAAACACUAAAUUGUGUUUCUUCACAAAGGCCUGUUACUUUUCCAACACUGUACCAUGUCAAUCAUUCCAACUCAAUGGACAACAAUAAAGAGUAUAGA